CUAGAGAGCAUUCCUUCUUCUCAGAAAUUAAAAAGAAGAAAAGAAAACAAGAGAGAGAGAGAAAGAGAGGAGGAACAAAUUUCUUCCUUUCAAAGAUACAUCAAGCCUACCUUCUUCUGAUUUAUUGACAUCAUAGUGAAGAAAACCCUUUGCCUUCUCUAACUUGACCUAAAAAUCCAACCUUUUUAUUCACUGUGAGAUUUCCCUGCUUCAAUACAGAGCUCUCACCUCCGUUUCUUGCUUGAUUAAGAAGUUCUUGAAGUCUUUUUCCCACAGAUCUCUCUGAUUCUUGAAGAUUGAAGAGGGUUUGAAGAUUGGUUAUGGACAAGUUACAGUGGGGGAAUAAGAAAAGAUUGAGAUGCAUGAAGGUGAAGGAGUCUUCUUCUAAUGGGAUGAAGAGGAAAAUCACAUCUAGAGUUGAUAAUAACAAGGAGAGUGUUACUCCUCCCCAUCGUUCCAACAGGGAUGUGGGGACGGCUAGAUCUGGCGCGAGCGAGUUUAGAAAGGGAAUGACAUCAUCAUCUCCGGAGAAAGAGGACCGGUACUACACUACGAGAGGGUCGGUUGGAUUGGAGGAUCAUAGCAAGUUGCUUCCAAACCCAAAGGUGGAGAAGAAGAAGUUUGUUUGGCCAAAGCUACUAAUCACAUUGUCUAGUAAAGAGAAGGAAGAGGAUUUCAUGGCCAUGAGAGGUACCAAACUUCCUCAGAGACCUAAGAAGAGGGCAAAGUUGAUUCAACGAACCAUUCUUUUGGUUAGUCCGGGUACAUGGUUAUCUGAUCUGUGCCAGGAAAGGUAUGAAGUGAGGGAGAAGAAGACUUCCAAGAAGAAGCCGAGGGGGUUGAAGGCCAUGGGAAGCAUGGAAAGUGAUUCAGAAUAAAUUUUAAAAAAAAUGUGGAAGAAGAAGAAGAAGAAGCUUAGCUCUAAGCUUGGGAUUGGAUAUUGAGAUGUGAUUUUUGGUGGGCUAUAUUUUGUUGAAGUGGCAAUUCAAGAGAUAGGCAGAUUUUGAGUGGUCUCAAUUCUCUGCUGUGGGGUGUGGU